AUGGCCGCGACUAUUCCCAGGCGGACUUUGAGCCCGAUGCUCAUUUUCUCAACGAGCUUGCUGGUCGUUUCUGCUUUCAACUAUGGUUUCAGCGAUCAAGCCUUUGCUUCUUGUCAAGCAAUGGAUGCAUUUGACCGACAAUUCGGCUUUUAUAACAAAAAGACUCAUGCCUGGAAACUACAUCCUUUGUUUACGUCUUUGUAUAAUAGCCUGAAAGCUGGCGGGCAAAUUAUCGACAUCUACCUGGGAAUGCAAAUGGCGGUCAUCCCAACAACGUUGACUGAACUGGCCCCCGCUAAAGUUCGUGGAGGAAUGGGGGUCCUGUACUGGCUCAGCAUCAAAGUCGGCGGCCUCGUUGUCACCUCGAUCACCCGUGGAACAUCCAGUAUCCAUUCAAAUGCGGCCUGGCGAAUCCCAUUCGGUCUCAUCCUAGUCUUACCAUUCAUAAUCAGCUGGUCUAUCUGGUUCGUGCCCGAGUCUCCUCGCUGGCUCCUUCUUCGCGGUCGCCACGCCGAAGCUCUUGCCUCUUUGACUCGACUCAAGCCCAAGGAUACACCCGAGGAGACUAUCAGAGAAGAGUUUGAGAUUAUUUCUCAGAAGGUUGCCCACCAGCUGGAGAAGAAGCGCUUCCGAGAUCUAUUCACGCCGCAGAAUCGACAGCGCACGUGUGUCGUCGUUACUGCGAAUUUCUUCCAGCAAGCGACGGGUCAAGCGUUCGCUUCGCAGUAUGGUACUCUUUUUGUAAAGCAAUUGAAGUCUAUCAACGCGUUCAGUGUUACGCUCGGCACUAAUGCUGUUGAUAUUGGGGCUAUUGCCAUAUCCGGGUCACUUAUUGACCGCGUUGGACGCAGUUCGACCAUGCAGACAGCAGCAUUAAUGACAAUGGGUGCAUUGGGAACCGCAGACUCGAGUGACGUGGCAGCUAAGCGAGGAAUCGUCGCCAUGCUAGUAAUCUACAGUUUCAGUUGGUCUCUUGGCUGGGCACCUCUUGUUUAUGUGCUCGGUGCAGAGCUUCCAUCGUCUCCUUUGCGGGAAAUGACUUUACAGAUUGCUUAUUUUGUGAAGCUUGUCACCGAAUUUGCCGUGACAUUUUCUUAUCCUUACAUAGAGACUGCUGACACGCCUGGGCAUGUGUAUCUGGGUGGUAAGCUGGGAUUUAUUUACGGCUCCCUCUCGGCAGUAGCUAUUCUAUUCGGGUUCUUCUUCAUUCCGGAGACCAGUCGUUUGGAGCUUGAAGAUAUUGAUCGGAAGUUCGAUAUACCCCAUGAUAACGUGUUGAAGUCUCUCGAGGACCAAACAGACGGGGGAAAACCGACGGUAGCAGAAGGUAUUCAUGAACAGAAGAACUAG